AUGAACUUGGAUUCUGCAGGAUGUGUUGCUGCUGGCUCUGCUGCGAUCGCUGGUGAAGUCAAGUCUCGACUGCAUCCUACCGCUGGUAACCGCAUUCUGCCACUGGUCCUGCAAUGCCUGUCAACAAUCAUUUCUCGAAAGACACCCUCAGCUGCCCCUGAAGCGGGGGACGAACCUGGGACUGGAGUGUCAGCCAGUGGAACAGGCGGGGCCGAAGGGAUGGCCAGUGGCUAUGGGAGUGAGGGUGGGAGUAAUGGUGGAGAUGCAGGUGGUGGUACAGUGGGUGCAGCCGAAAAGGUCGAGAAUGCGGAGAGGGAGAUUCGGGGGCUUUCCCAGUUCAAGCUGCCGCCUCUGGAGGAGCUUCUACCUCGGUUGCUUGUUCUGCUUGGAAGUGACAAAACACUCUCUGAUGCACCACGGAGGAUGAGAAUCUUCCAGGUCCUUGAGUUUGUUCGCCAGAGCACUCUGCCUUCUGCGUUCGAGUCGCUCGCUCUCGACAUCGAGCACAUGACGCACUUAGCAGAGCGCCUGGGGAACAAACAGUCUCUGGAGGGCAGAAGAGCUGUUUGGCAGGACGCCACAAUGAAGAUGCUGAAGAGAGCAAUCGACGCGGUGAACCAUGCCGACUGGACCGCGCGGGUGUGUGACGGCUUUGCUGCCUUCUACUUGUGGCCGUGCAUGGAUGCAAGUCAACACAUCCUGCUGCACCGGUGCAUGGGGGCGCUUGUCCAGCGGGCGGCAGACUCCGUCUUCAUUCAGCGCCGGGUGGCGCUCAUGUUUGACUCUGCCGCCCUCUCUGACCCCCUCGACCGGCACGCCCUUGCCAUGGGGCUUGGCACAGUGGCGGCAGUGCAUCUCGAUGUGGUGUUGGCCACUUUGGAACAAGUCCUUGACUCCUACUCUGUCUCCAAUCUGCAACGCAUAUACCAGUUUGUCAAAACCCUCGGCAAUCAAUCGGCCAUCUUCAUCCCCAAAACCUCCUCCUCUUCCUCUUCCGCCUCCUCCUCCGCUUCCUCGGCCCCCAAGGUCGCUCUCCCGCCUCUCGAGCGCCUAUUCAAGAAGGAGACUGCCACGUCAGCAGCUGCUGACUUCCUCCGGGACCCGCUGAUGCAUGAUGACGUGUGCGCUGCGCUGGCGCUGAUGUACCGGUACACGGUGGCCUUCUCAGAAGCUUCUGUGGUGGAUUCGCGAAUCAGAACAUUGCUGGAUGCGAAUGUGUUUGCUCCCUUGGCUGCAGUGACAUCCCUCCCAGCCAAGACAGCUGUGGUUCAAUCCAUCCUCACACUCGCCUCUGCUGCUCUCACUGCCCCUCCAUCCGCUCUCACCACCCCUCCACCGCCCCAUUCAAGGGAGGAGGAGGUGCGGCUUCAGAUGGCGUGUGUGCGGGCGUGCACAGCCCUGAUUCAGUCUCACCCACAGCUCACUUCAGCUGUUCGCAAGAGCGUGCAGGUGAGCAAGCAUAGUGUGGUGCAGGUGAGAAGUAGGCACUUGGCAGUUAGAGGGGGAGGGGCAUACGUGUUAGGGGAAGAGGAGGUGCGGCUUCAGAUGGCAUGUGUGCGGGCGUGCACGGCUUUGAUUCAGUCUCAUCCACAGCUCACUUCAGCCGUUCGCAAGAGUGUGCAGGCGGUCACUCCACUGCUGUGCAUUGACGACUCACCAUUGGCUGGUCGUGUGAAAGGAGAGAGGGGACUGGGGAGAGGAAGAGGAGAAGGGGGGAUUGGUACAGUGGAUGUGGAGGGAGGGGGCGGAGGAGAGGGGAGGGAGGAGCGAGAGGGGUCGAGCACAAGUAGUUCGGACAGUGAGAGUGGCUCUGACGAGGAUGGGGAGAAAAUGAGGAGGAAAGAAAGGGGGGAGAAGAGGGCGAGGAGGACUGGCGCGAGAGAGAGGAGGGGUCAGCGGAAGCAGCUUGGCCCAUUGGCAGUUAGUGUCAUCUCUCUACUGUGUAGCGUGCUACAGAUGAGCAACGUGGACAGCAAGGAGGAGGAGGAGCAGCUGCAGAUCAUGCUCUCCCUUCUCCGCCCCCUCCUCUCCCUCCUCCUCCCACCCCCUCCUCCCCAGUCCUCCUCCCACCUACCCUCAGCCCUCAACCCUACCACUCUCCUAUCCUCCGCAUUCCCUUCCAACACCGCUCCACCCAGUAGCACCCAUCCUAACCCAGCAGCACCACUUCAAACCCAAGCAGGUAGCAAGCCUGGGAGUAAGCCCAGCAGCAAACCUACCAGAAAGCCUAGCAGCCAGCCAGGGAGCCCUGGCCCUCGGGCAAGAGGGAAAUCAAACCUGGGGGGUGCAGCAGGAGGAGGGGAGAGAGGAGGGGGAGAGGAGGGAGGGGGGGGAGCAGGGGAACGGGAGAGAGAAACUGGAGAGGCGGAAGCAGCAUCAGCAGUGGAGGUAGUUGCAUCGGCGCAGCAGCGGGUGCUGACAGCGUACCUGGCAGUGUGUGCCCAGUUCCAUUCUCUGGCACUUGGAGAUGAGGGGCUGCUGGGUUGUUGUAAGGAACAAGUUUGCGGCUUUCUCGAAGCUAGCAGUGGUGGAGUGCGGUACACGGAAAUGCAGCAAGCUCACACCCCCCCAUCACGCCCCUCCCUCAAUCUCGGGCAUCACGUGGCUGUCGUUCUGCCCUUCUGUGCCAAUGGUCACCCUUUCCUCCUUCGUAAGCCGCUGUUUUCCCCCUGGAUUUUUGCUUCCAUCCACCUCCGCUACUCCACCUCUUUCCUUCCUCUUUCUCUCCCCUCUCUUGCGCCUCGCCUUGAUUUUCUGCACAUCUGUCAAUCUGUCAUUCUGCCAAUCUGUCAUUCUGCCAUUGCACCAGUCUGCCAACUUGCCAUCCUGCCACCCCCCAUCCCCUCAUCCCACCAGGUGGUUCUGCUGCUGCUGACCACAGCUGUCGCCCUCUCCUCUCCACCUGAGGCCUCCUGCGUUUCUCCUGACAACCCACCUGAGGUUUCAUCACAAUCAGCCCAUUCCCCCCCAGCCUCUCCCUCCUCCUCUCUGCCUGUCUCCACUCACCCUGCCACCCACCAAUUAGACGAAACCACCGAAACCAGCAGUCAGCAGGAAGAGCAGUCAACAGCAGCAACGGCAGCAGCAGCAGCAGCAGCAGCAGCAGCAGCAGCAGCAGCAGCAGCAGCAGCUGGUCCGAGAGCUUCUUCUGAGUCUCCUUCCUCCCAUUCCUCCUCUCAACCGACUCACUCCUCCCUCCUUGCUGCUCUGGAAGCGAAGGUCUCUGCAGUGUCGCAUCAGGGCUCGUCACAGGGGGAGAUGGUGGAGGGGUCGUCGGAGGAACGACGGGCGGUGCUUUUCGCCGCUGCUGUGGAGUGCGUUGCACAUGUGCUGACAGCUGAUGAGGUGGCAGUCCUACUCCUAGCAGCAGACGCGUUUCUCCACAUUACUUGCGCCGGCCACUCCCCCUCCACCACCACAAGCACAAACCAGGGCAGCCAAGCACAUAAGGACAGGGACAGAGGGUCUGUGCACUUGCAGGGCGCAGCAGCAGCGGAGUGUGAGUACGUGGGGAGUGUGGUGAGCCGGUGCAUGGAAGCCGUGCUUCGAAUCAUCUCCCUCAGAGGCCACCAGGUGCAGCAGCAGGGGGAAUCCGAGGUUGAGGAGGGUUCAGUGCAACCUGCACAUGGGUCGAAGCAGCUGCUGCAGCAGGAGCGGGAGGAUUUGGAGCAGCAGGGCAGGGCAGGGAGGAUCAUCGAGCGAGUUGUUGCAGCGUCGCUUGGUUGUCACUACAACUCUGCCCGGCUGCCUGCCUUUGCUGCGGUCUGCUCUCUGGCGGCUGCCUGCGACCCCCCUGCCCUGUUCCGCUGCGUGCUGCAGCACGUGGAAGAAACUUCUGGGAAGCUGCCAGCCCUUGAAGAGCUUGUCGAGGAAAUUGCUCGGCACCCGUCUCUCGGCCCCCAGCUCUUCCACCUGCUUCUGCCGAAGCUCAUCCCUGGCUUCGAUCCGGUUGGCCUGGUGGAAGGCUUGCAUCAAGCAGCACAGCCACAAUCACUGGUGCAGCAGCAAGGGAGUGAGCAGUCAGCAGCGCCACAAGGGGCUGGAGAUGGAGCAGCAGAAGGCGUUCUUACAGAGGGGCAACAGGACGAAUCUGCUGCAUCAACAGCAGCGGAGCAGGCACAGCUGGGGAAGGCUGUAUCUGAGGCUGCUGCUGCUGCUGCUGGUGGUGGUGCUGCCGCCGCUUCGCUCACCUUUGAUCCAACCGCUACAGUUGCAGCUGCGGUGGUUGCUGCUGCCUCAAAUGCAGGAAGGGCAAGGAGUGCAGGGAGUGUGGCGAGUGCAGGCAAGCCCUUCAUCUACUCCUCUGGCUCUAAGGCUGCCAUUCGAACUCUUGGGAUCAUGCUCAGGCACCCAUCACCCAACCUCAAGCAAGCAGCACUGCCCUACACAAUCCCCACCGUCCACACCCUUCACCUGCUGCUCUGUGCUCUCGCCAUCGACACCAUCGCCUCUCACCCUGAAGCUGCUCUCUCCUCCACCGGUCCCCUCAGCAAGAGAAUCAACGAUGCCAUCACAGCAGCAGACGGAGGCCUCUGGUCCAGCGACCCCUUCCUGCUGGUUUACGGCGCUCUCCGCUCUGUGGCUCAGUUCUUCAACCAUCAUCCUCUUAUUGAGGCCCUCGAAACCUUCUCACCCGAGAACGUGCUUCAGGAGGGGGAUACCAGUGAGAACGGGAGGAGCGGGAUUGACGUGACUGUGGGGCAGCUGUCGGUGCUGUGUGGACUGGUGGCGGCGCUUGUGGGGGCCAUGCUCUUUGAGGGAGAGCAGCAGGGUGAUGAGGUGCUCUCUGUUGAGGCGUUUCUCGCCCAAGCCGUGGAGUGUGCUAGUGGGUUUAAGCACAUCACUGAUGCUGCUCACAUUAGAACGGCUGUGGAGUGCACGAGUGUGUAUAAAUACAUCACAGACGCUGCUCUCAUGUGUCAUGCCAUGAGCCUGAGAUGGAGAACGGACGGUUUUGAUUUGGAGGCAACAAUAGCAUGGCAGCUGGAGCGCUUCCAAGAAGCUUCCUCAGCUGCUCGAGCUGUCAUCCUGCUUAUACUCUCUAAGCUCCCCCAGUCCUCGUCCCCACCACCCCCCGUGGCUCAUCGCAUUCUUUCUACUGCCUCGCUUUCCUUGCAAGACCCGAGCGCCAUGGUCUCACUCGCUGCUGCCAUUUGCACGCACCAGUGUCUCUCCCAGUGCAGCUUUCCGGCCAAUCAGGCGCUCCCAGCUGCCACCAUCCUCCAAUCAACGCGAGCUAUCAUGAGGGACCGUGCUCCCCAAGCCCAGGCUGCAGCAGCGUGGAUGGCAGGCGCGCUGGCAAGCAGUCUCCUGAGGCAGCAGAAGCUGCAGCGUGAACCCAGCGGUGGGGAUGAGUGCAGUGAGCAGCCCCCGCCAAGCACUGCAGAAUGCUCAAGAACAGAGCUGCAAGAUAUUGAGCCUGAGGUUCGGGAAACAAUGACAACCCUGUGGUUCUUAUCGGAGCAUCAACCGGACCUAGUCACAAGCGCAUGCAAGGCAUCAUCUUACUCCCUGGCUCGGCUUCUGAGGUCCGAUCAAGGCGAUGAGUCCACCCACCAACCGUUGAUGCAAUCGGGUCUCUUCACCAGAAGCUUUUACCAGUUCCUCUCAAAUGACUUUGUAACGAGUUUCGACGCUUACACUGGAUUCACACUGGAA